CCCGGGGAGCGCGAGGAGGAGCUUCCGGCCCCUGCGCCCCACGGCCCCACGGCCCCACGGCCCUGAGCGCGCGGGCUGGGGAGCGCGAGGCGCGUCCAGGUCAGCCCGGAGCUCGGUGGCAGCCUGCCUGGGGGCGGGAGACCCUGCCGGGGGGUUGGGCUGAGGCCUCCGAACGCCUCGGCCAUAUUGAGUAGCCACGGCUGAGCUGUCUUUGUCCGCCAAGUCCUCUGCCAAGUUCCAGCCGCGUCCCUGGCGCCGGGGGCAGCCCGUGCGGCCCACUUUGGACUGGACUUUGAGCCUCAUCCCGGUUCACGUAAGCAUCCCGGGCGCUGAUUGCCACAGGUCCUUCGGGGGGAGCCGGACUUGGCCAAUACUGGACUUGCUGCGGGCGGAGAAAUCGGGAGGAGCUGGCUCAGCCCCCGCUGGGGAGGCGAGACUCCUGGGGCAGCGUCGCCGCGACCUCCUGUUCCCCAGGAGUGCGGUCUGCGAGCCGUGUGUUCGGGCUCAUCGUCCCCCACCCCAGAGAUCACCCUGGAGAUCUUAAAGACUCUCGAGAAAAGCCACGUGGGGGGCUGGUUCCCCUGGGGCUUCCUCCCGUCCCCCGACUGCCUGAUCCUUUGGAGCGUCCCUGACGUCUGCAAAGAUGUGGAUUUGGACGUCCUCGUGGAAGCCUUGAAGCCCGUGGGGACCUUUAAGAAGAUCGGCAAGGUGUUCCGCAAGGAGGAGGACUCCACGGUGGGGAUGCUGCAGAUUGGAGAGGACGUCGACUAUUUGCUAAUCCCGCGGGAGGUCCGACUGGCAGGGGGCGUCUGGAGGGUCAUCUCCAAGCCCGCCACCAAGGAGGCGGAAUUCCGGGAGCGGCUGACCCAGUUUCUGGAAGAAGAGGGCCGCACCCUGGAGGACGUGGCCCGCAUCAUCGAAAAGAGCACCCCGCACCCGCCCCAGCCUCCCCGAAAGCCCAAGGAGCCCCGACCGAGGAGGAGAGUCCAGCAGAUGGUGACCCCUCCGCCCCGGUUAGUCGUCGGUACGUACGACAGCAGCAACGCUAGUGACAGCGAGCUCAGUGACUUCGACACCUCCAGAGUCAAGGGCAAGAAAGGCUCGGGGCGCGGCAAGAAAGUGCGCAAAAUGCCUGUCAGUUACUUGGGCAGCAAAUUCCUCGGAAGCGACCUGGAGAGCGAAGAUGAUGCGGAACUGGUCGAGGCCUUCCUCCGGCGAGGGGAGAAGAAGCCCAGCGCGCCGCCUGCGCGCCGCCGCGUCAACCUGCCGGUGCCCAUGUUUGAGGACAGCGCGGGACCCCAGCUCUCCAAGGCGGACAGGUGGCGAGAGUAUGUCAGCCAGGUGUCCUGGGGGAGGCUGAAGCGGAGAGUGAAGGGCUGGACACCAAGGUCUGGCCCCGGGGCGGGCGAGGCCCGGCAGGCCUCCACCGCAGUGGAGAGAGAUGGGGCCUCCUCGGUGCCAGGCAGCACCAGCCGGAGGGAAGAAGGGAGAAACGCAGGAGACGAGCCCGUGCCCGAGACCUCCCUCAGACGGUGGAGGCCCAAGAUCAACUGGGCCUCCUUCCGGCGACACAGGAAGGAGGAGGCAGCAUCCACAGUUCAGGGGGCAGACAUCCCCGCUGACCAGGGGGCAGAGGCUGCAGAUAAUCAGGGGGCAGAGGCUGCAGAUAAUCAGGGGGCAGAGGCUGCAGAUAAUCAGGGGGCAGAGGCCAUAGCUGACCAGGGGGCAGAGGCUGCAGAUAAUCAGGGGGCAGAGGCUGCAGAUAAUCAGGGAGCAGAGGCCAUAGCUGACCAGGGGGCAGAGGCUGCAGAUAAUCAGAGGGCAGAGGCCAUAGCUGACCAGAGGGCAGAGGCCAUAGCUGACCAGAGGGCAGAGGCUGCAGAUAAUCAGGGGGCAGAGGCCAUAGCUGACCAGAGGGCAGAGGCUGCAGAUAAUCAGAAGGCAGAGGCCAUAGCUGACCAGAGGGCAGAGGCUGCAGAUAAUCAGGGGGCAGACAUCCCCGCUGACCAGGGGACAGAGGCUGCAGAUAAUCAGAAGGCAGAGGCCAUAGCUGACCAGAGGGCAGAGGCUACAGAUAAUCAAAGGGCAGGGGCCCCAGAGGACCAGGGGUCAGAGGCUGCAGAUAGUCAGAGGGCAGAAGCUAUAGCUGACCAGAGAGAAGGAGCCCCAGCUGUCCAGGAGGCAGAGGCCAUAGCUGACCAGGGAGCAGAAGCUGCAGAGAAUCAGAGGGCAGAGGCCCCGGCUGAGCAAAGGGCAGAGGCUGCACAUAGUCAGAGGGCAGUGAUCCCCGCUAUCCAGGAAGCUGAAGCUUCAGCUGCCCAGGGGGCCACAGGGGCAGCCGCAGGAACUAGGGCCCGGAAAUCGGUCAAGACAGUGAGGUUCCAGACCCCUGGACGCUUUGCAUGGUUCCGCAAGCGCCGAAGAGCCUUCUGGCACACUCCCCGGUUGCCCACCCUGCCCAAGAGAGUCCCCAGGGCAGGCGAGGGUAGGAGCCUCAGCGUGCUGAGGACUGAAGCCAGAGCAGAAGUGGAGCAGGGAGAGCAAGAAAACCAGCUGUGAGGUGAAGGCCAGAGGCCUUGGAGCGCCCUCUGUCUCCUGCUGUUCAGGCCGCCCCCCUCCCGCUCCACACGUGGAGGGAGGUGCUCUUUCUGCCUCCACACUUGAAAGUAGAGGCAGAGAGACGGACAGGUGGCACCUCCCACAUCUCCAUCUCACAACGCUCUCUCUCUUCUUGUCAAAGUGUUACCCCUCAUGCAUUGAUUUUUUAAAAUACUGACUCCUUAUGGCAACCCAAAGAAUGUAAGGAAAGAAAUUGAUACGGUGGUGUUGCAUCACCCAGGGUUUUAACUUCCUCAAAUGCAACUCUAGGUGCUCAGCUUGAAAACAGGAGAGAGGCAGGGUUGGGGAGAAACUCCUUUCUUUUCCUGCUCCCUUUCGCCUGCACACUUAACAUUGCCUCCUUGAAUGUAAAAAGAGGGCUCAACCAACAUGCAAAUAAACAUGCUCACAAACUCA